GUCCCCAGAAACCAAAAAAAUGGGGGUACAAAGUAUUUGUUCUCUCAGGAGUAAGUGGCUUCUCGUACAAGCUAGAACUGUACACGGGACAAGAAAACUCUGCCCCAAGACGUGCAGGAGAGCCUGACUGUGGAGCAAGCGGGAACAUUGUUGUUCGAUUGUGCAGGUUAAUCCCAAGAGGAGUCCACCACAAAGUGUAUUUCGAUAACUACUUCAACUGUCCAACCCUUCAGGUGUACCUGGAAAAAGAAACCGUGCACUGCAUUGGUACAGUCCGGAUCAACCGAGUAACGGGUAUCAGCAUGCCAUCUGACAAGGAAAUGAAACAGAAAGGAAGGGGAAGCUUUGAAGAGAAGGUAGCGACCCUGGAUGGCAUUCAGCUGUCGUGUACAAGGUGGCAAGACAACAGAGCCGUCACCUUGCUGUCCACCUUUGUUGGGGCAGAGCCUGUCCUAACUGCGCCAAGGUGGAGCCAAAAAGAAAAGGAGAGGCGCGACAUACCGUGUCCGUCGGUGAUAGGCGCUUAUAACAAGCACAUGGGAGGAGUGGAUCUCUUAGACUCUCUGAUCUCCCUCUACCGCGCCCAUCUCCAAUCGAAGAAAUGGUACUUUCGUAUUUUUCUUCAUAUUCUCGACUUGACGGCUGUAAAUGCCUGGCUGCUGUAUAGGAGGAAUGCCGAGACUACUUCCGAUCAACCAACACGAAAGCUCAUGCCAUUAGCAGAGUUCAAGGUGGACCUCGCCACGUCACUCUGCAAAGCAGGAAAAAAUCAACUGAAGAAAAGGGGAAGGCCCAGCAAUGAGUCCGUGGAGCAAGGCAUCCAGCUGAAGAAGACAAGAGGUCCUUCAGCACCGUGUCCACCUCAAGAUGUCAGGAUUGAUCAGGUUGGCCACUGGGUGCUUUGGAGUCAGAAGCGACAGCGUUGCAAGUUUCCUGGAUGCAAGGGCAUUUGUAUGAGCUACUGCUCUAAGUGUGGCACUCACCUGUGCUCAACAAGCAAGAAUAACUGCUUUCUUUUGUAUCACACAAGCAAAUGA